AAAUUUUGCGACCUAGGAUAAUCCUUCUGUCUAGUUCGGUGGUUUUUGUCUGUCCUUAAUCGUGUGAACGAUCUAAAGUUCGAUCACCGAUUGACUUUGACUUAAAUUUCUGUUAAUGAAUCUGUAUAGCUAGGUUCGUUUGUCAGAAUUUUACUAAUCUUAUCCCAGAAAUUUGCCACGUUGCACAAAUCCGCGUCGAGUUGAACAAAGGCUUGAAACCAUUUCAGUUGAACAUAUCAUUUAUUCUUGCUUUUCAAAACUGCAGAGAGUAGCAGUGACAUCCCAGGAUCAUUAUGAGUUGUGGCUGCUUUGGAGCCUCAACUCUCAAGAAGAAAAGGAAUCAUUCUCAUACUCCUAAUGAGAUUGAUGGUUUUCAACUUGAUAAUGUUACACAUUUCUCUGAUAAAGACCUGAGACUGGCUACUGAUAACUAUCACCCCAGCAAAAAGAUAGGACGAGGAGGUUUUGGAACUGUUUACCAGGGAACCUUAAAAGAUGGAAGACAAGUAGCAGUGAAGACACUUUCAGCUGGAUCAAAGCAAGGAGUUCGUGAAUUUUUAACUGAAAUUAAAACUAUAUCAAAUGUUAAGCAUCCGAACCUUGUUGAAUUGGUUGGUUGCUGUGUUCAAGAAACUAAUCGUAUACUAGUGUACGAAUAUGUGGAAAACAACAGCCUUGAUGGUGCAUUACUUGGCUCAAGGAGUUCAAAUAUCAUAUUAGACUGGAGAAAAAGAUCUGGCAUUUGCAUGGGUACUGCUAGAGGUCUUGCAUUUCUUCAUGAAGAACUUGUGCCACACAUUGUGCACAGAGACAUCAAGGCAAGCAAUGUACUACUUGAUCGAGACUUCAAUCCGAAAAUAGGAGAUUUCGGGUUGGCUAAAUUAUUUCCAGAUGAUAUCACUCACAUUAGCACAAGGAUUGCUGGAACAACUGGUUACUUAGCACCAGAAUAUGCAAUGGGUGGCCAGUUAACCAUGAAGGCUGAUGUAUACAGUUUUGGGGUUCUUAUACUUGAAAUAAUUAGUGGCAAAAGCAGUGCAAGGACAAACUGGGGAGGGUCCAACAAAUUUCUGUUGGAAUGGGCCUGGCAACUGUAUGAAGAGGGGAGAUUGUUGGAGCUUGUGGAUCCAAACUUGGCUGAAUUUCCUGAGGAAGAGGUAAUUAGGUACAUGAAGGUUGCUUUUUUCUGCACACAAGCAGCAGCAAGUAGAAGGCCAAUGAUGUCACAGGUUGUUGACAUGCUGUCAAAGAACACGAGACUGAAUGAAAAGCAACUAACAGCACCAGGACUCUUCCAGGAUUCAGGAGCAUCUUCUCUGAAGAAGUCAUCAUUUGAGUCCACAAGUUAUCAAUUUAGUUCUAACCCUGCCAGUUUUACUCAGUUGGCCCCAAGGUGAAGCAUAAACCAAACUUUUUAAGUGUGAAUUGCUAAGUUAAAAAUUAGAAGAAAAGAAAAAUAGAGAGAGAGAGAGAGAGAGAGAGAGAGAGAGAGAGAGAGAGAGAGAGAGAGAGAGAGAGAGAAAGGGAGAAAACAAAAAGGGAUUAUCUUUGUUUUCUUUUACAUUUUUCUUCUUUUCUGUACAUUAUUUUUUUAUGAAUUAUUAUAAGGUGCACUUUGUUGGAGAUUCAACGUCAACUAGUGAAAUGACUAUAUUGGUGUAUGUAAGUGGACAGCAAUCCUUAUCUUACAAAAUAAAUUUUGUAAGGUU